GGUGAAAAGACUACAAAUUUACAAUUGGGCCUGGGGUUUCCGGAAACUUCUGUUGGGAGAUCUUCCUUCCUCUUCUCGGUUCUUCACUUCCUCUUUAUUUUUCGCCAGACUAGGGCAUCGAGUUUCAGUUCUUGAUUCAGUCCACAGGGUAGCAAGAUUUGAAGAAAUGACAGGAGCAAAGAUUGUUGGUAGUGUUGCUGGAGCAUUUGUUCUUGCAUUUGCAUGCGACUAUAUCAUUGCAGACAAGAAGAUAUUUGGAGGUACGACUCCCUCUACAGUUUCAAACAAGGAGUGGUGGGAAGAGACUGACAAGAAAUUUCAAGCAUGGCCUCGUACAGCUGGACCUCCGGUGGUUAUGAAUCCCAUCAGUCGCCAGAAUUUCAUUGUCAAGUCCCGAGAUUAAACCUAAAUCCUGCAACUACUCUUUGAAUGAUUGAGCUUCAGUUUCAAUCCUAAGGUUAAUUACUGAUUACUCUCCUCCUUUCUGUAUGUGGAACAUUUGAACAUAGUUUCAUGGAAGAUUGUGCUGUAUUAGACUCAAAGCGUAUGGUGUUGGUUUGAUAUGUUUGUGAAUUGAAAUUGAUUUCGGUUUUUCAGAA